CCAAUUAUUAUCACCAUAUAUACUAACAUUAUGUUAUCACAGGAUGCAUAAAACAUACCAACCGCAUUUUAAUUUAACUUUAGAUAUGUGUGUACGUUACAUGCACUGCAAAUUAACCUUUCAAGACCCUCUAAAAAAAAAUAUUAACCUUUCACGAUCCAAGAUAUAUAAGAAUGUAUGAAGGAUAUACUCUAUGUUAUAUUGCUUAUCUCAUCACAUUUCUUAUUCUAUUCAUUCCCCUAAUUCACUCAACACCAUGACAGAGGUUCUAGUUAUCUCGACUACUACAAUCCAAGCAACAAAACAUGGUGAUGAGAACUCAACUCACAAAAUUAUCGAUUUAGUACCAUGGGAUCUCAAAUAUCUUAAACUUGCACCAAUCCAAAAAGGUCUUCUUUUCCAUAAACCCAAUACAAACCAAAUCGACCAUCUUAAACAAACACUUUCCUCCACUCUCAACUUCUUUCCACCACUCGCUGGUCGUCUUGUAAUAACACAACACGACGAACCUAACAACGCCUCAUGUUCCAUCAUUUGCAACAACGCUGGUGCAUUGUUUGUACACGCCAAAGCUGAACACACUGCCAUUGCCGACAUCCUUCAGCCAAAGUAUGUUCCUCCCAUUGUUUCCUCAUUAUUCUUACUCAACGAAGUGCAAAACUACGAAGGCACGUCACAACCAUUACUUGCAGUACAAGUAACAGAGUUAAUCGAUGGUAUCUUCAUUGGUUUUGCAAUUAACCAUGUGGGUGUAGACGCCAAGUCAUUUUGGCAUUUCAUCAACUCUUGGGCUGAAAUCUCACAAGGUUUUAAUAAGCCAACAAAUAUCCCUUCUUUCAAACGUUGGUUUUCAAACAACAUUAACCGUCCCAUUAGGUUUCCUUUCACAAAGGAAGCACAAAAACAGCCUUUCACGAAUGAAGCACAAAAUCAACAAUGUGAAGUUUCGUCUCAUCGAAUCUUCCACUUUAGUAAGGAACAAAUUCUGCAACUCAAAUCAAAAGCUAAUGCAGAAAUCAGUAGUAGUAAUAGUAGUGAGAAAAUAAUAAUAUCUUCAUUGCAAGCGCUUUUAAGUCACGUUUGGCGUUUAAUUAUAAGUAAACAAAAUCUUAAACCAGAAGAAAGGUCUGCUUUCGUGUUACCCAUAGAUUGUAGGACAAGAAUGUGUCCAAAGUUAGAAGAUAAUUAUUUUGGAAGUGGAAUCGGAGCAACUGGAUAUGUAAUAAUGCAAGUAGGGGAAUUAAUGGAAAGUGGGAUUGGUAAAAUUGCUAUGGAAAUGAACAAGGUGAUUUCUAUACAAUCUCAUCAUGAGAAGGUAGUGAAUAACUAUGAGUCUUGGUUGAAAACCCCGUCUAUACCGGAGGCAGGUAGAUCAUCAAGUAAUUUGUUGAUAGCAAGCAGUUCACCACGGUUCAAUUAUUACGGCAAUGACUUUGGUUGGGGUAAGCCAAUUGCAGUUAGAAAUGGUGUUGGACUUAAAAGAAAUAUUGGUAGAGUUAUUGUGCUUGGUGGUGAAGAAGAAGGUAGUGUUGAUAUUCAAGUUUGUCUUCCUUAUGAUAUUUUGGAGGCUAUGGGAAAUGAUCAUCUGUCCAUGGAUGCUAUCACUGUCUAAUACCUGCAGAUCGGUUCUUAGUUUCAUCAAUAAGGCUAUUGGAAUACAAAAAUUUGACAACAAUACAACACAUAGGUAUUUUUACUACUGUAUUUAUACGAUGAACCGUACUUACAAAGGAGGAUUUUUCUACCACAAAAAUGCACAAGGUUAAACACUUUUUUAACAUAAAUCUCAUUAACCACUUUAAAAAUUUCAUUAACUAUAAAAAUGAAAGGCAUUAACUAUUUGUUUUAUAAAUAUAUGUACUUUUGUCAUUAUUAUAAAACUAUGUAAAAUAAAUGGUUAAUGUCUUGCAUUUUUGUGGAUAAUGAGGUAGUUAUAGUGGUUAAUAAGAUUUAUGAUAAAAAAGUAGUUAAUAUGGUACAUUUUUGUGGUUAAUGAUUACACAAGUCAAUUUUGGUCUUACAAAAAUCCUCCUCUAAAAAUAGCUUUUUAAAAAAAAUAAUUGAAAAAAAAAUAUUGUUCAUCUUAUAUACAGUGAACAACGUAUGAUGUAGUAUUUGUUGUCCAAUAUUUUAUUUUGGUGUCACAACUCUAGUUUUAUCUCUCUAUGUUAGUUCUUUUGACUGGAGUCAUGUUGGUAGUGUAAGUUUUAGAGGCUAAUAAUUUUAUUAGAACUUGAUAUUUGUAUCAAAUAAUUGUUUAUUAAUAAUUAAGGAUUUUUUUUUAUUA